AUGAUUUGCUACAUAUUCCUCAUGAACCUUUCCAUCUGCACACUCAAUUCCAAAAUCCCCGGCCGUCUCGACGUUCGGCCCGAUCCACCACAUUUGCGCCAUGCAGGGAACGAGGACGCCGAGGCAAGAGAAGCACGACCAAACGCAGCCACGCUUCGCGGCAGCUUCGCGGCGUUGUCCCAGGAGUCUGGAUCCUACCUCGCGCAGUUGACGCCACAGAACCAGAGGUCGUGGACGAGCACCACAGUUCACGGUCCACGGUUCACAUUGAGACUUGCCACCGAUGUCAUCAUCGGCGCAUACGCGUCGUAA